AUCGAAACAAUCGAUAUUGCGCAGGAUUUUGUUAGUUUGUUGGUCUGCUAUCAUCGUGAUUAUUUUCGACAAUGGGCACAAUUCCCUUUCAAGAUGUGAAUCAUUUAAAGUUUAUCUAAUGUGUUGCAUUCUAUCACUUUAAAUGGUAACAAGUGAAGCCUAAGAAAUGUCUGCCAGACCUAGCAAAUGCCCUCAUGUAUCCAAUAUUCCGCGUGGCGCCCAAGCUGAAAUAGAAAGGGCAAAAGAAGUCUCAACAUGCAAGGAAUGUGGAUCCCAAGGCCCAAAUUUGUGGAUUUGUCUCUAUAAGGAUUGUUUCAAAGUGGGCUGUGGGGAGGCACAUGGAGAUCAUAGCACACUUCAUAACAGAUUCCUGCCAAGGCACUGUGUUCAUCUUAAUCUAUCUACUCUGCGCGCCUGGUGCUAUCUUUGUGAAGCAGAAGUAUUUAUGGAACAAGCUGUGGAACCAAGUGAUUCAAGUGAUACAGAGGAGAACUGGCGAGAAGAUGAAAACUGGCGUGAAGAUGAAUCUAAACCUCGAGGCCUUACCGGACUUCAAAACAUUGGAAAUACAUGCUACAUGAAUUCAGCUUUACAAGCUUUAUCAAAUUCACCACCACUCACUCAGUUUUUCCUGGAAUGUGGUACUUCCCUAAUUUCACUCCGAAGUGGAGAUCGCAAACCUGGCUUGUCUCGCAGCUACCACCGCCUCAUUCAAGAAAUGUGGCAUAAAAAACGACCUGGAUAUGUUGUACCAACUGCUAUUUUAUAUGGAAUUCGAAAUGUGCAUCCUAUGUUCCGUGGCUAUCAGCAGCAUGACACUCAAGAGUUUUUGCGUUGCUUCAUGGAUCAAUUGCAUGAAGAGUUAAAAGAACCUGUGAGUCGGCCUCCAACUCCUGCAGCUUUGCUCCAAGAAAGUGGAAGAGCUGCAUCAUUUGAAGAUCUAUCAGAUGAUGAAGACUCAGAAAAAAAAGACUUUGGCCAGCAUGAAGGAAGUUGUGGCGGAGCAUCCAGUCAGUCAGAAGGAGAGUAUGAAACCUGUGAUUCGGGAGUAAGCGAGCGGAGCUCCCUCAGUGAUGAAUGCUUAGAACGACGUAAUAGUGGAAGUAAAAUGCCCAGAGUGUCUCGUUCUCCUUCUCCACCAGUGGACAGAAUGAGAUCAAAACUAUCUUCAGCACAUAGUAACCGCAAGAAACACAUUACUAAACAUCGAAGCAUCAUAUCUGAUGUCUUUGAUGGGAAACUCCUUAGUUCUGUCCAGUGUCUCACAUGUGAUCGAAUAUCAAAUCGUAUUGAAACAUUCCAAGACUUGUCUUUGCCAAUUCCAUCUCGAGACCACAUUCACAUGUUACACAAGGGCAGUGGUGCUCUCUCAGCCUGCUCUGAUGUGUAUGCUGCUGAUCAGAACUGGCUGCACUGGUUUGUGGAUUGGCUGCGCUCAUGGUUUUGGGGUCCAACAGUCUCCUUACAUGAUUGUCUAGGAGCAUUUUUCAGUGCAGAUGAAUUAAAGGGCGACAACAUGUACAGUUGUGAGAAGUGCAAUAAACUAAGAAAUGGAGUCAAAUAUUCAAAAGUCAUGGAACUCCCUGAAAUUUUGUGCAUUCAUUUGAAACGUUUUCGUCAUGAACUCAUGUCUUCUUCAAAAAUAAGCAACUAUGUAUCUUUCCCUCUCACACAACUAGACAUGAGGCCCUACUUACACAAAGAUUGCACCUCAUCAGUAUCAUCUUACGAUCUGGUCUCUGUCAUCUGUCACCAUGGCACAGCUGGAGGUGGACACUAUACUUGCUAUUCACUCAAUUGCCAAAGCCAACAGUGGUUUGAAUUCGAUGAUCAGUAUGUGACUCAGGUAUCUCCAGAGACAGUACAGAACUGUGAGGCAUAUGUCCUUUUCUACAGAAAGUCCUGUGAUCAGGUGAAGCGGUUUAGGUCACAAGCUGUAGAACUACUGGAACAAUCAAAUAAUGAACCUUCUUUAAUGACAUUCUAUAUAUCCAAGCAAUGGCUUAAUAAACUGAACACUUUUGCGGAGCCAGGGCCUAUUGAUAACACAGAUUUUCUCUGUCACCAUGGAGGUGUGCGGCCUGAUAGAAUAAAUGUUCUGCAACUUAUGUAUACUACUGUCAGCCAUGCAGUAUGGGAAUGCUUGUACAACAUGUAUGGUGGAGGACCAGCAUGCAACCGACUUUUCACUUGUGCUACUUGUGAGCAAGAGCAAGCUGACUUGCAAUCAAGAGUGCGAAGUGAACUUGCUGCAUUUAUGCAACUAAACAAGCAAUUUUUGGAAGAUGAUUCAACAUCAAAUAUUUACCUCAUCUCAAUGCAGUGGUUUAGGCAAUGGUAUAAUUUCGUUCGUGAGAAGGACAGUGAACCACCUGGUCAAAUUGACAACACUCCUAUUAUUUACACUAAUUCCAAGACCGGGCAGAUACUUCUGAAACAAGGUUCUGAUUAUGCUCAACUUUCCAAAGAGAUGUGGGAAUUUUUCCAUGGUACCUAUGGUGGAGGUCCUGAACUUGUGCUCAGACCCACAAUGGCGAGGAAUUCAAAUGCACCAGGAAUUCGCUCUGGAUCUCGAGGUACUGAAAAUUUAAUAUGUGAUAUAACUACAAAAAACAGCCAGUCUCCAUUUCCAGAAAGUGCACAUUCUAGCCUAGAAAAUCUUACACAAAAGAUGGCCACUCUUGUUUCCUCUGGACAAAUGGGCAGCAGUUCCAGUCUGGGGAGUAACCCUUCUCAGUCUUGUGCAUCCAGUGGGGCAAGCACGAGCGGUGUCAGUGGAUUGAGCUACUCAAGUGGACAACGAACGGAGGUAGCCACAGGAAAGGACCAAGAUAGUGGAGAUGAUGUUACAUUUCUAAAUUCUUCACCACCAGUCCAAGACAGUCCAAAGCUAACACAGUUUUAUGGUGAUGUUGUUGAUCUUUGAAUCCUUGUUAAUUAUGUGGAAAUGCAAAUCAAAGCAGGCACUGUACAAAUAAUGUUUUCUUUACAAAUGAACUGUGAUGAUUGGGCUACCUCCAUAAGUUUGAUUGGGAUAACUGUCUUUUUCCAAAAAUAUUUGAACUGUUGCUUUCAAUAAAUGUAGUUUGCCUCUCUUCUUAAGAAUCAAUGCUUAUUAGACUAUGGGCUAUUCUAUUCAAGGGACAAAUGAGUCUGAGGUCUGUGAUCCUGUUGAAAUCAUUUAUCAAUUUUCUUACAGUAUUACCUUAUUACCCAAUUACCCAAUAAGGGUAAUGCAUGUACUGUAUGGAAGGUGUUAAAUUAAAUCCCCUUAAAUUGAUAGGCAUUAUGCCUACUAGAGCAAUAAGAGCUUUGAAUCAAAGACACAGCAUUUAGUCAUCCUGUUUCCCUGUGUAGGUUUCUUGCUUUUAUUCCUGUAUUUUGAUAUUUUCUUCUUUUUACUUUUUGAAGGUUUAGUAUUCCUAUACUAAGUUGGUCCUUCACUGUUAUAAUUUACCUCAUCGGUUAUAUUUAACUUCUUUGUUUUAUUUCAAAAUGCUUUUGUGUGAAUGCCCUUUUGGGGAUUUGUCUGUAAGUGUCCUAGGUGUUAGGAAUUACAAUCACUGCUUUACCUGGAUUUGGCAUUUUGUUUGUUUCUGAAUUGAUGCAGUAUGCACCUUAUGUAUACUGUUAAGAUAUUCGGGAGACACACGGUGCAGAAUGUUUUAAUUGAAUGAAGUCAAUUAAUAUUUAUUGUACAAUUAUGUAUCCAUACAUAUAUUUUCUUGAAAUUCCUAUUCCCCAUAUGCAACAUCUACUUGUUCUACAAGCACUUGACUAACAGUACAAUAACACACAAACAUUAAUUGUCCUCUUACAAUAGACAAUACAUUGACGAACACUGACAAGACAGGGAAAAAAAACCAAGUAUGUAUGAAUUUCCACUAAGGACAAACAUUUGCACAAAGGCCCCACCAAAUACACUAUUUGUUUAAUUCAAUGGUGAUGCCAAAUGGAGACAGAAAAUUCAAAGUCCACAAUUUAGGACAAGACCCCUGGACUUGAAACAAAGCUGAAGCUAACAGUCAAAGAACAUCACGAACAGAGCAAAUAUUUAUACUGAGAGUAACACAAAUUGUACUUAUCACAGAUUUCCUACAGCUGAAGUAUGAGAAAUAAGACUAUCACUAAAAUCUAGAUAUUGAUGCUUCUUAUGAUACGAUCAAAUGAAAAAAGAUUCAUCAAAACUGGCAUACUUGAGUCCUCAGAAGGCAUCACUCUCGACAACUUCCAGGUAUGCCUAAGAUAAUUAUUUCUAAGUAAUUUUGUAAUCUUCAAAGAGAAAAUUAACAAUUUGGCAAUUUAGCCUAGGCCUAAGGGAUGCAAUAAUGAGAAGAGUAAGUGUGCCAUGAAAAUGAUCGAAUAUUUCAACUUCAGACAUUAAUGGGGAAGGCCAUUCUUAAGAACAAUGAAGACAUGAUUUAUGUUCUUUAGUCCAAAUAAUGAAAAGAUAAAAUGAAACCAGUCCUUACAUCAGUAAAUGAGCUAUUUCACCCUAAAAAGAAGUAAAUCCCCAUGAAAUAUUCAAAUGGUUUUCACAGAUUCUACAAUGCAAAUUACCUCUUUCAUAUACAUACUACUCUAGGUUAGUAAAAUGAACAGGAGGAAAACAGGAUGUCUAUAGAUCUUUAAGUGUACCAUAUCUUAAAUGGCUACAAUGUUAAAAUAUAUGCAUACAUGUGAA